AUGUCGAAACCAGCUACUUCUGAUAAACCCUGCAAAAGCCAAGCACCGGAGGAGAAGAAGUCAUCCAUACCGGAACCCAUAAUGGUAGCUCCAUGGAGGUCGUUGCCAGACGAUUACAUGGAGAAGCACGGCCCGUGCGCGCACCUGGACAAAAAGAAGGAAAGCGGCCACAUCAUCAUACCCACAAAAUACAAGCCGAAACCCGACCCGCCACCGCCCCCACAGGAAUGCGAAUGCUACAAACAGGAGAAAACCAGAGUGGCCCCGUGGCGGUCGGUGCCGCCCGGCAUGGACAAGCGAUGCGGACCGAAAUAA